AUGGCACCAACUCACGCUGCCGCUCGCCAUGUCCUCAAACGAAGUAUACACGCCUCAACGAAGAGGCUGGACCGCGUCGCACCACCACACCCAAUAUCCCACAUCCGUCCUAUAAUUUAUGACGACGCCCCGCGAGCGACAGCGCCAACCCUCCUCCGCCACCCUUACUCCCUCAACGAGUUUCACGACGCUUCGCGAACCCCAGUCGACCUUGAGCUGCAAUUCAAACUGCAACGGCAACAACUGGAUGCGUUCCACCAGGACUUUUGGCUAGACAAUAACGUCCGAUAUUACGCUGCCAAAGAAACCGCUCUCUCCAACCUACCUGAAUCUGCGUCGUCCCUAGACAAAGAAAAUGCAUUGUCCGAGUUCAACAGACACUGGUACAACCAAGAGAAGGAGCGGGUGGAUGCAUAUACAUCGGAAUGGCGGAGGAGAAACUUUGAAUUGAUUCGUCUCGGUGCCAAGGUCGAAUUUCAAAAACUUGCUUCACGGAUAUCUCAAGCUCUGCGCAGCACAUAA